GCGAGCCGCAGCCGUUAGUAGUAAGGACUAUGUAAAGAUGGCGGAGCUACAGAUGCUGCUGGAGGAGGAAAUUCCUGCGGGACGGAGAGCGUUACUGGACAGUUUUACCAAUCUGGAAAGAGUAGCGGAAUACUGCGAAAGCAAUUAUGUCCAGUCUGCAGACAAAGAGCAAGCGCUGGAGGAGACCAAGAGCUACACCACCCAGUCUCUGGCCAGCGUCGCCUACCUUAUCAACACGCUGGCCAACAACGUGCUGCAGAUGCUCGACAUCCAGGCCUCGCAGCUCCGCCGCAUGGAGAGCUCCGUCAACCACAUCUCACAGACAGUCGACAUCCACAAGGAGAAGGUGGCGAGGCGUGAGAUUGGCAUACUGACCACCAACAAAAACACGUCCCGCUCCCAUAAAAUCAUCGCCCCAGCCAACCUGGAGAGGCCGGUGCGCUACAUCAGGAAGCCCAUUGACUACAGCGUGCUGGAUGACACUGGACAUGGAGUCAAGUGGUUGAUGAGGUUCAAGGUAAAUGGCCAGCAGAGUCUGAAACUUGGAGGAGGUCUGUCCCGGACUAACCCCCCAACCCAGAAACCACCCAGCCCUCCAAGGGCGGGGAAAGGAAUCUUGGGGCACAAGAACUCCCCCUACAGGACACUGGAGCCGGUGCGCCCUCCCGUCGUGCCCAACGAUUACGCCUCCAGCCCGACGAGAAACAAUGCGGGUGCUGGACAGCUGCCGAGUCCGGUCCGCACCGCCACCCUGAACCAGCGACCCCGAACGUACAGUGGCAGCAGCGGAGGCAGUCACCCCAGCAGCAGCAGUCGCAGCAGCAGCAGGGAGAACAGUGGCAGCGGCAGUGUGGGCGUUCCCAUCGCCGUGCCAACGCCGUCGCCGCCCUCCACCUUCCCAGUCUCCCCGACUGCUGGACCGUCCAGCUCUUCCUCCACAGCUCCAAACUCCUCCCCUUCUCCCUCGCCGACUCCUUCCUCUUUCUCCUCUUCCUCCUCCACCACCACCUUAACCCAGCCUAACGCGCCCCUACCACCAAACUCACCCGCACACCAAGCCGACUCCUCUCCUCACACAAGCUCCCAAACAAACGUACCGAACACCAACACCUCCCCACCUUCUAACCCUUCUCCCAGCACCUCUGAAGGCCAGUCCCAGCUGUCUUCUCUUCCUCUUCCUGCUCCUCCUCCUCCUUCACUCUCCUCCUCUUCAUCACCUGCUGAAGGUCCCUUCGUCCCCCAGUUCUACAGCAUGAACCGGCCCCAGCCUCGACAACAGACCCCACAGGUGGGGGGGUCACUCCCAUACCGCCGACCCCCUUCUGUGACUGGUCAGCCGAUUACCAACCACGUCAACGGAGGACCCUACUACAACCAGAGCCCAGCCUCGCCUCCGCCCCCAUCGCUCCUGCAGUUCACCCCUCAGCUGCCUCUGAUGGGUUUCGUUGCUCGAGUUCAAGAAUCCAUUACAGACGCUCCUCCUCCUCAACCGUCAGCAGACACGCCUUCGGGGCCCGAUGAGACUCCGUCCACCCCGAAACCUUCAGAGGAUGGACACGGUGAGGAAGACUCUAAAGUAGUGGAGUACAGCGAUCCGUACGCUGAAGAGGACCCGCCGUGGGCCCCCAGGAGCUACAUGGAGAAAGUGGUGGCUGUGUAUGAUUACACCGCAGACAAGGAGGACGAGCUUUCCUUUCAGGAAGGAGCGAUCAUUUAUGUUGUCAAAAAGAAUGAGGACGGAUGGUUCGAAGGGGUGAUGAACGCCACCACCGGCCUCUUCCCAGGAAACUACGUAGAGUCCAUCAUGCACUACGCCGACUGAGACCGCCUGAGUCUCGCUCACAGGUGGAGAUCAUUUAAUCUGCGGCUCACCUGCUUCGAGCAGUGAAGGUGAACUUUGGUCUGCCUUUUAUAUGUUCCUCCUUUGGGUUCAAACUAUUCAAUUCAGUUGGAUAUUCUGAUUAUUUAUUGGACUGGGUUUUUGUUGGCUUGUUUAUAAAGUGUUUUAAUCUCCCAGAUUAUCUCCAAAAUGAUUCUGUGCGCUCCAUUUAUCUCGGGUGAAUUUCAGGUGAUUUGCUGGUCAUGUUUUACUAAUAAAUUAAUAACUUGCUUAUACACAACAUGUUUUAGCUGUGAGUAAAUCCAUUCAUCAGAAUGCUGUUUCUUCAUUCUGUUUAAGUGUAGAAAGAAGCGUUUUGGUCGUACGGACGCCACCAGAAUGUUUCCAGAAAGUUCCUGCUGCAAAUACAAGCAUGGUAACAAAAGAUAGCGAGAAGGCAGUGUGGAAAUACUCCUGAGAAAACUCUACUUUUUAUUCAACGUUUCCCCGUUAUAUUGGUUAUAAAUCAGUGUGGAAUUAGUGGAAUAGAUACAAAUGGCAGAAAAAUCUUGUUGGCCUUUCCAAAAGUUACAUACUGUGCCUUGCAAAAUUAUUCAUGAACUUUUUCACAUUUUGUCUCGUUUCAACCACAAACCUCAUUGUCUUUUUGUUUAGAUUUUACUUCAUAGACAAACAAAACGUAACGUGUAAUUAAUUGUGAAGUGUGAUCGACUUACCCUGCUGCACUUUUCCUUUUCUAUUUAGGUCUAAAAGUAAAAGUUUGCACCUGUUCGGUCAUUGAGUUCUUAACUCUUUAAUCUGAUAAGGCUGAAACAGCAGAGCUGUUUGCUGGAUUUUUUGAAGGUGUGUGAGGAUUUGUUUAGUUUGUGUCAGAUAUAUGUUUCCUCAGUAUUAACUUUCUAAAGUAACUUUACCAUAUGUUUUUUUAUUGUUUUUAUUUUUUAUUUUUUGCAUUUUGCCAUGAAGAGAGUAAGUGCCAAAGGAAAAGAUAUUUAAUGACUAUUUUUAUGGGUUUUUUUUGUCUUGUGAUUAUUGAAAUCAGGAAGAUUUUACCAGCUGAACCAGUGACAAAAUGAUUCCUUUUUUUUUUCAAUUUCCACUGACUAAGGUUAUUUUAACUUAUAUUUUAAAUAAUGAUUGAAAAACACAUUAGAUCUUAUGAAGAGGACCUCAUUUAAAAAUGUAUGGGAUUCCAUUUUUUUCUUCCUCAUCUUCCCUCCAACUUUCUGAGGCUCUCUUAGCGCCCCCUGGUGGGACACACUUUAAAAACGCUGGUUUACAGUACUGACCGUUAUGACGGUGUUUUAGGGCCAAGAUGGAUGGAAAACAGUACAUUUGACCAAAAAAAAAAAAAAAAAAU